CGUUUACAGUUCAUCAAAGACAUACCAAGUCAAUAAAAGUUCAAUUCCGAGAGCCAAGGGGGGUUCUUCUUGAUGACCUCAUGGGCGAAUUUCCGUUCCAUUUUUGCCUCCGCUUGAAGGCGUCGCUAAAGGGUUGCUGCGGCGGCGACGGCAGAGUUAAAGAGGUCUGUGUGGACGACGGCGGCGGCGGCGAGUUAUUCUUCCAGUUGAGGGCUUUGCAAAUUGCAACCAACUUUUUCUCUGAUUUGAAUCUGCUUGGACACGGUGGUUUUGGUUCCGUGUACAAGGGUUUAAUGCCAAAUGGACAAGGAGUGGCUGUGAAGAAGCUGUCAAUGAAUUCAAGACAAGGCUUGAAAGAGUUCAAGAAUGAGGUUAGACUAUUGCUAAGGAUUCAGCACAAGAAUCUUGUCACAUUGCUAGGAUGUUGUAUAGAAGGACCUGAGAAGAUGCUAGUCUAUGAAUAUCUCCCCAACAAGAGUCUUGACUGCUUUCUAUUCGAUAAAAUGAAAUCCACAUCAUUGGAUUGGUCGAAACGAGUUCAAAUAGUCAUUGGUAUAACAAGAGGUCUGUUAUAUCUACAUGAAGGAGCUCCUGAAAGGAUUAUUCAUAGAGAUAUUAAAGCUAGUAAUAUCCUGCUAGAUGAGCAGUUGAACCCAAAAAUAUCCGAUUUUGGCUUGGCCAGACUUUUUCCCGGGGAAGAUACUCAUUUUCAGACAUUUAAGAUUUCCGGAACUCAUGGUUACAUGGCUCCUGAGUAUGCAAUGCGUGGAUAUUUGUCGGUGAAGAUUGAUGUCUUUAGUUUUGGAAUACUAGUAUUGGAGAUUGUAAGUGGACGAAAGAAUUUUGUAGGGCAGCUUGGUGCAGAGAAAUCUGAUCUUUUAAGCUAUGCAUGGCAGUUAUUUCAAGGAGGCAAUUCAUUGGAAUUACUUGAUUCUAGCCUAUCCGGAUACAAUCCAGAAGAGGCAGCAAUGUUAGUCCAGCUAGGUCUGUUGUGUUGUCAAGCAAGCGUAGCUGAAAGACCCGAUAUGAAUUCAGUUCAUCUCAUGCUAGCAAGUGAUUCAUUUACUUUGGCCCGCCCAGGAAAGCCUGCCAUCCAAGGCCGUGCUGGACGAUUAACAACAACUUCAACCUCUGCCUUCACUAAAGCCUCUUUGGCUAGUAGUUUAACUGACGAAUUCUCGAGGAAUUCCAUAUCUUAUUCGUCUAUGGAUGAAGGUAGAUAGACAGACGAUGAACUCACUUCUUAGGGAGAGUUUCCACAAUACUCUAAAUUUUCUUAAUCAAAAGUGUUUUUUUGUUUAUAUAUGGCUUGAGACUAUAUAUGGUCAUUACAUGUGAGUAUAUAAAUGUGUAGGUGUAACUUGUAAGUUUCAAUUAUUUUUAAUAGUUAGUUGAGUUUAGCAUUUUUUGUAUUAUUUGGAUUGA